GCGACUUCUUCAUUACGCUCUAACCUUCGGCGGGUCUUCUCCCCGAUCCUCAGAGUCUGAUCUUCUCCAUUGUAGAGCAAUCAGUGAUAAGAGAUCUGCGCCGCCAUGUUAGGCGUUAUACGGCGUAAAGUUGCUUCUAGCGCCUCGUCUGCUUCGAUUUUAGGAAAAUCGUUGCGUACAAAUCAACCUGGAUUACUGACUCCAAGAGCAUGCUACGUUGAGUUUGAAGAGAUCUUGUUCCAUCCAAGGGCAUGUGGUCAGGCACGAAAGUUCUCCCAUCUUAUAAUACCUGGGAACUCCAUGAAUUUGCAUGCACAAAGGGGAGCUACACAAUGUUUUCAUCCAAGCAAACUGCAAAUUUUGAGCAGGGCAUUUUGUUCAAGUGGUGGGGAUCUAGUUGAUGCUGUAGUUCCAUUUAUGGGUGAAUCCAUAAGUGAUGGCACACUUGCAACCUUCCUGAAGAAACCCGGGGAUAGAGUAGAGGUUGAUGAGGCUAUUGCUCAGGUUGAAACGGAUAAGGUAACAAUUGAUGUUACUAGUCCCGAAGCUGGUGUAAUACAGGAGUUUGUAGCCAAGGAGGGGGAUACUGUAGAACCAGGUACCAAGGUUGCUAUCAUUUCAAAAUCUGCUGAAGGUGUGAAUCAUGUUGCUCCAUCUGAGAAGCCAUCUAGGAAAGAUACCCUGCCGCCAUCUUCUUCCAUUGACAAACAGAAAGAGAAAUCCAAGCCAAAAGUUGAAGCUCUUCCUGUUAAGGAAACCAAAGCUCCUCCCCCCAAACCCUCUGCUACAGAACCUCAGCUUCCUCCUAAAGAUAGAGAAAGACGAGUUCCUAUGACCAGGCUCAGAAAAAGAGUUGCUACUCGUUUGAAGGACUCACAAAACACAUUUGCAUUGCUGACAACUUUCAAUGAAGUUGACAUGACAAAUUUGAUGAAACUCCGUUCUGAUUACAAGGAUGCCUUUGUUGAAAAGCAUGGGGUGAAGUUAGGUCUUAUGUCUGGAUUUGUCAAGGCUGCAGUCAGCGCACUACAGAAUCAGCCAAUAGUUAAUGCAGUUAUUGAUGGUGAUGACAUCAUAUACAGAGACUACAUAGACAUCAGUAUUGCCGUUGGCACCCCAAAGGGCCUUGUCGUGCCAGUUAUCCGUGAAGCUGGCAAUAUGAAUUUUGCUGAGAUUGAGAAGACAAUUAAUGCACUGGCUAAAAAGGCAAAUGAUGGAACUAUAUCAAUCGAUGAGAUGGCUGGUGGGUCUUUCACGAUAUCAAACGGUGGUGUUUAUGGAAGUCUUCUGAGUACCCCCAUAAUAAACCCCCCUCAGUCGGCCAUCCUGGGCAUGCAUUCAAUCGUGAACCGUCCAAUGGUUGUUGGGGGCAACAUUGUUUCCAGACCGAUGAUGUACAUUGCCUUGACGUACGAUCACAGGCUGAUCGAUGGGAGAGAGGCAGUGUUCUUUUUGAAGAGGAUAAAAGAUGUGGUGGAAGACCCUCGUCGCUUGCUACUUGAUAUAUAAAUUCGUCCCCAAGUUUCGUGUUCGGUUUUUUCGUACAUUCCCGAGUUGAUUUUACUCAGAUCCUGAGCAAGAAGAAUAAAUGUACUGAUCCCCAAAGUUUUGCAGGAUUUUAUAAUUGCUAUGAAUUAUCAGCUGCGACUCGAACAAAUUCCUCCUUCAGAUUUAGUCACACUUUCCAUUCUAUUUUUUUAAAAGCCAAUUUCUUGCAUGUGUUCUACUAUAUGUUUUCUUGAAACGCUGAAGAAUGGUGAAUCCUGCAUGCAUUCUUCUAGAAAGAAUAUUUACCAUUGCAACUGCAUUUAUUAUACUGUAUUUACAGUACAUUG